AUGUUGAAGAUCCCGAGACUCGUCUUGACAGCCUGUGUGGUCAUUCUUGUGAUACUACCAUUUGUAUUCUUUGCAUUACCUGAACGACCUUUACUGAUUAAACCUUUAAAGGUCGUUGAUACUCCAAGACCGGUGCAAAAUUUCAAGCGAGUGGAAUUUCAUGAUGUGUACGCCAAUUUUACCAAGAUAACCUAUGAUACACACUAUUCUGGCCCCAAGCCUUCUGUUUUAUUCUUGUCUUCUAUUGGCGGUAGUGGAUCAUAUGGAAAGGACAGAAAUUUCGAGGAUCUCAUGAAUACCCUCGAGUCUCAACGCCAACCCGAUUACGAUUACUCGUAUGCAUUUUUAUUUGCAUCACACGAAGAAUUCAGAAACGUUGAUAGCAGGAUCAAUAGGUUGAUGCAGCCGCAUAUGGUGAACAAGGUCACCCUCAUUUACGCUCCUUUUCUUGAGAAAGACCUCGGGUUCACAAGAGACGAACGCCACAGAAGUUACGUUCAGCGGAAGCGUCGUCGGAAUAUUGCUCGCUCGCGGAACUUCCUCUUAUACAACAGUUUGGAAGAUCAUGAGUAUACCUUAUUUAUCGAUGCCGAUGUCGUGGACUUUGCCUAUAACAAUACGCUUGAGAAAUUCAUUAAACUGGAUCUCGAUAUAAUCGUGCCACGAAUCAGCGUGGGUGAUAUCACCGAUUACGAUAAAAACUCAUGGAGAGGACCACGGGCAAAACCGAAUGAUGACGACUUGAGGUUUAUGGAUGAAAACAAGUGGGAUGAAUGGGAUCAGAAAUGGACACCUCACGAUGAUCACAACAUGUGGCAUUUUAACCAUUUUGCCGAGAAUAAGAACGGAGAAAAGGAUAGCCAUGAAGGCGAUCUUGACUAUUACGUUCCAUUGGAUUCAGUCGGUGGUGCUGUAUUAUAUGCUAAGGCCGAUGUAUACAGAAAGGGCGCCAUGUUCACCACAAGUUACGUCGUUGGAACGGAAUGGACGCGUCAUGAGGGUUACGAUGGGAUUGAAACCGAGGGACUCUGCUAUGUCGCUAGGCCUAUGGGUUUCAAAUGCUGGGGGUUUCCCAAUCUAGUAGCUCAUCACAGUUAA